ACUGGGCGUGGGCUGGACAGAACGCCUGCUGCAUGUCAGGCGUGGCAUGGGCCGGGGGUCCUGCCGCUGGCCUGGUCACCUGUGGUUUGAGCCUUCAUGAGCUUUGAUGGGUCGGGGGGCCGGGGUGGGGAGGGGGACACUGGAAUGGGAGCCAGUAGUCUCCAUUCUUGUCCCAGCUCUAUUAUUCCCUGCAUGAAGCUGGGCUGACCCCUUCCCCCCUACGGCCUCCAUAUCCCCAUCUGUGCAAUGGGCGUUUCCACUCUAUGCUCUCAUAGGUCCCUCGUAAUUCCCAGCAGCCAUUCCCCCGGGCUCUGCAGAGGUGGGGCUGAGAGUCACUGUGGGGGAGCCGGCUCCUAGCCCCUUUGGGAGCCUGCUGAAGGUGCUGGGUCCAUUGCAGAGGCUCAGGGCGAUGGGCAGAGCUGCCUUCAAAUCGUAGCCCUGCCAUUUAUCUGAUGUGGAAGCAGUUUCCUUGUUUGUAACAUCAGGCUGGUAUCGGCAACCUUGCAGGACUGUUCUGAGGCUUACUUGAAGUUGCCUUUUAGUUGGCAAAUAGUUGGCUCUUAAUGCCCAAUAACUGAUAUCCUCCUCCUGGACCAGUGAGGUUUGCGCUGGGCUGCCAUGCGGACCCAGGGGCAGGGGGCUUUUGGUGAAGAAGAAAGGCCAUUGUGUCUGACCUCCGCCUUAGUGAUUAGGCCUUAGCCGCUGCUUGGGCAUCUCCUCUGGAACAGGCCAGAGUCUGUCCUUCCUCCCUCCAUGGGACUGUGACCCCUCCAGGUGACCUCAGGGCUGAGCAGCUGGGCUGUGAUCCCCUCUGAGACACUCCUGGGUCUCCGCAGUGGAGGUCCUCCCCUCCUGUCUGGUCUGGUACCCCCCCACCAACUCCCACUCCCCUCCCCAGUCUUGGGGCCGCCCGGUGCCACCAGCAGCAGGAGUGUUGGAUCUGUAGCUGGUUAGCUUUUGGGGGGGAUAAAAAACACAAUGCAAACCCACCUCCCAAAGCCUGAGCAGGAUGCAUGAGGAAAUCUCGGAGGCUUAGCCCCUCCUCCCAUCUGGACCCGCCAGGGCUGUCCACUCCCAACCUCAGUGGUAUAGUCUUUCCACUGAUGACAAGAGCAGUUUGGAAAACGGGAAAGUUCAAAAAUCAAAAUACCCUCACAUUUCAUCCAGAACAGCCCCAGCUAACUUUUGGUGAACAGCUGAUAGGCACUUGUAGUAAGUGCUAGGCCCUGUGCCAAGCUCUUUAUAGGCAGUAAAGCAUUCCUCUUCCUCCUUAUGAGAGGUUAUCCCCAAACUACAGAUGGGGAAAGCAAGGCCCAGGCCUGGACUCAAACCCAGUCUGCCUCACUAAGCCUCCACUACAAGCCUUUGGUGGGGGUUCCCAGGGGAGCUGCUAGCCCAGCAUGAUGGGACCCUCGCUGUGCCCCUGACACAUGGUAGGUGUCCCUGUAUUUGUUGGGCAGUUUCAUCAGAUGGGGCCAGGACUGCUGGGAACGGGCCUUGCCUCAAGUGAGCUUAGUCUCACUGUAUUUCCUGCAUCGUUUGUCUUCUGCCUGCUCUUCUCCCCCAACUGAGCUCCUCAGAACCUCUUCUCCAUUCUCAGGAGCCUGGCCACCCCCCUCCCUGGCCCUCGGGAAUCGUCACCGAGCAGUCACUCCCAGGGCAGUGGGCCCAGAAAACACGACUUGACUUGGGGCCAAGGCUCCCGAAGGCUGAGCUCAUGUCCCCAUGCUCACUCCCAAGACAUUCUGUCCCUUCGCCAUUCAGAAAAAUGUCAUUCUGGGGAAGGCCAGGGGCCAGUCCUCAGGAGCUACAGCCAAAAUGGCCCCAUCAGCUGCUGAGCAGGGCCGGUGGCUUCUGUCCUUGCUGGUGGUGUCCACUGUGCCAGCUGUAUUUGAGACACCCAACAUCUUGGGCCUGGGGGGUGGGUGGGGAACAGGAACCAGGGUUUCUCCCUCCCUCAUUCUGGAGACGCAAGCCCCCAUCUAUAUCCUCUUCCUCUUUCUUUCUUCCUUUUUCUUUUUCUUUUUAGAUUUAUUUAUUUAAGUAAUCUCUGCACCCAAUGUGGGGAUUGAACUCAGGACCCAGAAAUCAAGAGUCAUAUAUAUGCUCUUCCACCUGAGCCAACUAGGUGCCCCUAGCCGCUUCGCCUCUAAGAUAUCCCUUUACCUGCUGUCUUCCUCUGAGCUGUAGGCUGACCCUUCCAUCUUUCCCUAAUCCUCCCAAGGCUGACAGAGUUUCAGGGGAUCAGAGCUGGGAGAGGCCCAGACAAUUCUCUGAGGGACCUUUUCCACCUUUGGAACACAAAGCCACUUGGCCCAGUCUGACCCGUCUGAUAUGUAUCCCCCCACCCCCACCCCACAUUGAUGCUGGUGGCCUGGGGACUUUCUAAUCCACGCGUGAAGUCCAGAGAGGGGCUGACAUUCAUCAGAGGUCACAGUGAGUCAGGGUGCCUGGACUGGGACUCCGGGAUCCUCCUGCCUACCCAGCUUCUUUCAACUGACACUCCUGGAAUACAAUUUCUAGGCACCUGGUUAGCAGCCAGAAGGGAGUGGUUUCUGCAAAGCAACUGGGAGGGAGUCAUUAAAAAUCAUGAGGGAGAUUGGAAAGGGCUAAUCCUGGAUUAACUGGGGGAUGGACCCAGGCAGCGCAGCACCCAGAGUCUCAUCCUCAUGGCCUGCCCGAGCCCCUCCCAGCUCCAGAAGUUUCAGGAGGAUGGAUUCCUGGUGCUGGAAGGAUUUUUAUCUGCAGAUGAAUGUGCCGCCAUGCAACAGAGGAUUGGCGAGCUAGUGGCUGCCAUGGAUGUCCCUGCCCACUGCCGCAUAGAAUUUUCCACCCGGGAAGAUGAGCAGCUGGGAACCAAAGGCCAGGGCGACAAAGACUAUUUCUUGAGCAGUGGCGACAAGAUUCGAUUCUUCUUCGAGAAAGGUGUUUUUGACAAGAAAGGAAAUUUCCUGGUCCCUCCGGAGAAGUCCGUCAAUAAAAUUGGCCACGCUCUGCAUGCCUAUGACCCUGUCUUCAGGAGUGUCACAUACUCCCCCAAGGUGCAGGCUUUGGCCAAAAGUCUGGGCUUCCAGAUGCCCGUGGUCGUGCAGAGCAUGUACAUCUUCAAGCAACCUCACUUUGGUGGCGAAGUCGCCCCUCACCAGGACUCCACCUUCCUGCACACGGAGCCCUUGGGCCGGCUUCUGGGCAUAUGGAUAGCACUGGAGGAUGCCACUCUGGAGAAUGGCUGCCUCUGGUUCAUCCCAGGCUCCCAUACUGGUGGGGUGUCCAGAAGGCUGGUCCGGACCCCUGCUGGCUCGAAGCCUGAUGUCAGCUUCCUUGGGUCAGAGCCUGUCCGGGAUGCCAGCCUCUUUGUGCCCACCCCAGUGCGGAGAGGGGACCUCGUCCUAAUCCAUGGAGAAGUGGUACACAAGAGUGAGCAGAACCUCUCCAACCGCUCACGCCAUGCCUACACUUUCCAUCUCAUGGAGAGCUUGGGCACCGUCUGGAGCCCGGAGAACUGGCUCCAGCCAACAGCUGAGCUGCCCUUUCCCCCACUGUACACCUGAACGCCCUCUCUGGGCCGGGCCUGGCCCCUCUGGGUGAAGCCGUGGGCCGCACACACCAGCGCCUUGCCUGGCUGCCCAGCUGCAAAGGGGAAGUUGAAUCUCUUCCCCCUGCACUUUCUCCCUGCCGGGGUCUGUGCCCUUCAGCCCUGCAGACAGGCAGGUGGGAGGUGGCAGAUGGGCAGCAGGAGCCCCGGAUGGAUGGCCUUCCGGAGACCUCUACCUCUCUGCCUCUCCCCUGCCCCACCUCAACCUCCCCCUGAAGGCAGCCUCUCACCGUGAAAGCAUUCUGGCCACUUCUCUGCUGGCUUCCCACUGUUCUCUCAGAUGCAAUUCGGAUUAUUAUGGUGCAAGACAUGCAAUAAAAGCGACUUCUGAAUGCAGCUUCUCGACCCUUCUUUCCCAAACUGCCUUGCUUUCAAGAUGGUGUCCCAGCCCUGCCAGGAGCAGCAGGGAACUGUGGACAAUUCUGCUUGGAAGGUCAGCUCUGAGAGAACUGAAUCAGAUUGAGGCAGAACUGAAUAAACAUUGGCAGCGGCUCUUAGAGGGGCUGUCCUACUAUAAACCACCCAG